ACUGCUGGUAAGAUGGAACUGAAAGUGUCAUGAGACUGUUACCUGUCUCUCUUGCAGUCCUAGUUGUAGUAGGAGGUGGAUAUUACUCUCACUGUCAUCAUGUGACAUCUGAGGGUAAUGGCAUGACAGUGGGUUUUCCAACAGGAGUUGUAGUAGUUACAUCAUGUACAAUAGCAACCUAGCUAGAUACUCUCCUUUUAAAAGUGAGGUUAAUGAACCAAGUUAUGACUGUAAAAGCCUCGUGAAGUGUAAUGUCUGUGUUUGACACUAACCA